AUAGAGAGGGGAGUGUGUGUGAGAGAGAGCGAGAGAGAGAAAGAGGGGGGUGGGGGGACCACACAACAACAAGCUCAUACUGGGCUCAAGCUGUCUCUUGACUGAUGGACAACUCUACACAUCAACAGUUGCUGUCGUUGGAGUUGUUUUCACAGACGAGAAGGAGAGAGAGGAAACUCUUACUGUCUAAGCAUUGAGAGAAGGGGAGGAUAGAAAAGAGAGGAGAGCCAAAAAGAAGAGAGGCCUACCUUGGUCCCCUCUCUGAGGAGAAGAAACGAGACUUCAUUUUUCUGUUUUUAGUCUCUGAUGGAAUAUCUUCUUCAGUGAUGCAGAUGGAGCAGCCUGUGCGGCAGGACAUGCAGUUCUACUAUGUGGGGGACCAUACGUGGGCGACCAUGCUGGGCCAGAGUGUGCGUCUGCAGCCGGUGCCUAUCCAGAGCCUAUCUGAACUGGAGAGAGCCAGGCUGCAAGAGGUGGCCUGCUACCAUCUCGGGGAGCGGGACCUUGACUUCAACAUCAGCAUCCCCAGAGAAAUCCGUAAGAGGAGAAAAUCGCUCAGGAGGAAGUUUGACUCCUUCUCCAAAGAAAAGAAAGAGAAAGAGCGAGAGACAGCCGCCAAGGCGUUUGGCAUCCCUCUUUCGCAGGCGAUAGCCAACGACCGGGCAUACAAGCAGCGUCAGGAUGCUCUGAAGGAGAGUCGGAGAGACUGCCUUGAUCUCGAGGCCAGCGUCCUGAGGUUCCGGGCUGAGAAACAACAGCAGAGCAACGGGAAUAAACCCCUCUGUAGCACGUCUUCAUCACCCUUCAGCGGUGCUACAUCCUCAUCAUCAUCGGCAGCACUGGCGUUGCACAGCAAGCCACUCUCACCCAGGUUCCUGGAUAAGAAAGCUAGAGUGCAGAGACGGGGUGGCCUGUCAGUGGACUCCAUCUCAGAUCUUGUCGAGAGUCAGUCCCGCCUGUUGGAGGCGCUGCAGCUGUCCCACCCUGCAGAGCUGGAGCUGAAGAAGACUGCAGCAGGUGCCGGGGGGCGGACCCAGACCAAGUUGAGCCUCAACCCCAUCUAUAGACAGGUUCCCCGUGUGUUGGAGAGGUGCUGCUGCCACAUAGAGAGACACGGUCUACAAACUGUGGGGAUCUUUCGUGUUGGGAGCUCCAAAAAGAGAGUUCGGCAGCUGCGUGAGGACUUUGACAUAGGGACAGACGUGUGUUUGGAUGAGGAGCACAGUGUCCACGAUGUAGCGGCAUUGCUGAAGGAGUUCCUCAGAGACAUGCCCGACCCUCUACUGCCAAGAGAGCUCUACGCUGCCUUCCUACACGCCAACCUUCUGCGAGGGACAGACCAGCUCCUGUACCUCCAGCAGCUGCUCUAUCUGUUACCCCCCUGUAACUGUGAUACCCUGCUCCGCCUCCUCACCCUGUUACACACCGUACAGAGCCACGCACAGGACACCACAGGACCACAGCACCAGGAGUUCCCCGGCAACAAGAUGACAGCAACCAACCUGGCAGUGAUCUUUGGUCCCAACCUGCUGCAGGGGGAGAGGGGCGGAGGGGACAGGGAGAUGAGUCCCCACGCCAUGGGCAUUGAGGACAGCACUGCCAUCAUCAACGUCACCCUUCACCUUAUACAGAACUACAGGCGACUGUUCACGGUGUCAGCAGAGCUCCAGCAGGAGGUGCUGAUGAGUCUCAUCCAGACAGAUCCUGACAUCAUCGACUAUCUCCUCCGCAGGAAACUCAGUGGCAGUCACCUGAUGGUGGAGACGGUAGACACAGCGGGGGGUCGGCGGGACACGGGGGCAUCUCUGGACUCUGUAGGGGCGUCUAGUGGUAGCCUGUCACCCCUGGAGCCCCCCUCGCAAUUCUUCAACCCCGACGAGCCCGGGGACAGCAGGCUGACCACAGAGGUGUUCCUCAACCUCGACAUCCUCCAACGCCACCAUAACAACAAGAAACGUUCCAACGAGACCCCGUCCAAGUCCAUUGGUCAGAUGAGACAGUUCCACUCCCACCACAACCUACUGAGUCUGGCCCAGCCCUCCAGUAGCUCCAGAGUCCACCCAGAGGACAGCCAACACCAUGCCCAGGAACGGAGGGCUCCGCUGGGCGAAGGUCUGAGCUUCACCAUGGGGGCUGCCUCAUGCUCCAGCCUGGGAGGACAGGGGGAAAACAGUAUCUGGGUGAGGCAGACACCCCAGGAGGAGAAAGAGAAGCCCUCUCCUAGUCAUACAAGUCAUUUUUGGGACUUCUUCACAGGCAAGGGCUCAGGGUCUGAGACCAUGGUAUGACAGGAUAGAACACUGUGGGGCGGGGGGGGGGGGGCA